AUGAAUUCAAUUAGAGAUGCACCUAAUUCUAUCCAACCGAGAGCUGUGUCACUCAAUAAUAAUAUUGACAAUAGUACUACUCCAACAAGUGCACCAGAUAUUUCGAUGCCCCUACCAGCACGUUUUUGGCUUUUACUCUCAUUCGAAGUACCAGGCCUUACAUGCACUUUGCUGCUUAUCUAUCAUCUACUCAUGGAUCGAUCUUUACGCACAGCAUUACAUAAUCAUGUUGUUAUUCUUUCUCUGUUUGGUGCAUUGUUGACACAGCUAAUCGACAUCCCAUUUUAUCUUGCUUUCUCUUGGCUGAGUCAUGUUUGGCUAGAAGCGCAUUUCUUCUGUAAACUUUGGCGGUUUGUCAAUGUGGGUGUAUUUCUUAUGAUUAGUAUUUUAAUAGCAUACGCAUCAAUUGAAAGGCAUAUUUUAGUAUUUCAUGAUAAACUUGUAUCCACGAAAAGAAAACGUAUUCUCUUUCAUUAUCUCCCACUUGGUGGAGUUCUUCUUUAUGGUUUUACAUUCUACACAACUGUUAUAUUUUUUCCAAGCUGUGAACAAGUAUACGACUACAGUCAACCUUGGUGUUCGUACCCAUGCUAUCUCAGUGACUUUGCACUUUCAACAUAUGAUGUAAUGGUAAAUACAAUCUUGUCAAUUAUCUUGACAAUUGUAUUCAGUAUUGCACUAUUGGUACGCAUCAUUUAUCAAAAGUAUCGCCUUCGACGGCCUAUUCAAUGGCGUAGAUAUCGAAGAAUGACGAUUCAAUUGCUUUCGAUAGCGUCACUAUAUGUUUUUAUCGUUUUACCUGUACCAAUCCUUAUAUUUGCGCAUUUAUGUGGAUUACCACGUGAAGUUGGCUCGGAAGUUGAACUCUAUACAUAUUUUUUAUGCUACUUUAUUCCUCUACUUUUGCCGUACGUCUGCUUAGGUUCAUUGCCAGAAGUAUGGGAAAAGAUAGGAGUGAUAAGAAAUGCACGAGCACAGUUUUCACAACGUACAGCCACAAUUGUACCAACCCAUGUUCAACGUUUGACUGUUGCUAUGCCUCCGAUCGCUGAGCAGGUAUGA